UGCAGCAAAAUGUACACGAUGUUUACAUCAGACUUAUAGAUCUACAUUUUAAAAAAAAGGCAAUACAACUUUACAGUAAUAUUCCUGGGGAUGAAGACGCCAGAUUCAGUUGAACAUACGGAAGAGAAACCGAGCAAAGGCUUAACCUCAACAUCUGUUGGUAUCUUGAACUACAAACGUUUAGAAUAAGACUUCUAAUAAUAAGAAUAAUCUAAAAGUUGUAAAACUACAGCAAUGAACACACACAAUAUCAGCUCUCAAAUAGUGCAGUGUUUAGGGAAUGUGUGGGCUAAGAAAAUGUUGUAUGAUUUCACUGUGAAAAUCGGUGACGAAGCUAUCGAAUGUCAUCGACUCAUCCUGGCUGCCUGCUCGGAUUUUUUCAAGGAUCUGUUUACAUCAGGCAUGAGAGAAGUGACAGAGAACUAUGUUGUUUUACCAGAUGUUUCUUGUGAUGGGUUUCGGUUAGUUUUAAAAUGCAUUUAUACUGGUGAAGAUGUUUUGACUUUCGAAAACUUGUAUGAAUUUUGGCUAGUAGCUCACAGGUUGAGAAUAAACUUUUUAUUAGAUAUGACUGAAACAUUUGCCAUUGAAGCUAUUAGUAUAGACAACUGGGAUAACAUUUACAGAAUAGCUAAACUUUUAAAAUCAGGAAAAGUACUGUAUCAGAUUCGUGUAUUUAUGUUAAAAAACUUUGAUCAAAUCAGUCUUACAUCAACAUAUCUUCAGCUGUCUUUCUAUGAGCUACGUGAUCUAUUAAAGAGCGAAGAUCUUAAUGUUCAAAACGAAGACGUAGUUCUCGAAGCGGUGAUGAAAUGGGUCAAUUAUGUCCCUUCAGUGACAAGUGAGUUAGUAGAGGAUGAUCUUUGCAAAAAGAAAGAUAAUACCAAAGGAAAACGUUCAAUGUUAAUCCAUUCGAAUGUAUUUGGUUCAAUUGUAGAUAAGGAGUUUUCUAGAAAAGAUAAACUUCCAGAGCUGUUGAAAAAAAUCAGGACAUGCCUUGUAAGUCAUGCACUUUUAACGCGUGUUUACAAGAUGGACGUUGUAUCCACAAAUAAAGAUUCAAGAGAAAUAAUUGUCAAUGCUAUAUUAUAUCACGUCCAGAAGUUUAAACACGGCCAUUGGCCCAUCGCUGCUCUACACAGAGCUUGUAGUGGGUACACACAUGGUGGUAUCCUUGCAGUUGACGGAGGAAAUUUUAAAUUUAUAAGUGCACACGAUGAGAAGAUGUACACCAUUACAAGAAGCGAUUUGUUGCAAGACUGUGUUCAGUUCACCACCGUUCAGGGUGAACUGUAUGCUAUAGGUAAACAACUUUCCUCCACCAGUGGAGAGUUUAAUAUUGCUGUAUUUCGGGAAAACAAGUGGAAUUUUGUGAUGAAGAUAAAAAGUUGUAAUUUGAUAUUUUUCUCACGUAGCGGCUUGCUGCACAUUUUUAACAGAGACGAGCAGAGCAUAUACACCAUUCCGAAACAGAAAAAAUAUAUAACAAUGGCAGAGAGACUUCGAGAUUUUGAUAAAACCAAUUAUGUUGAACAUGCAAUGAGUCAUGAUAACUGUAUUUUAUUAUUUAGUUCUUUAUCUCUCGAUGACACAAAACGAACAGCCGUUUGCAAAAUUGAUGCUUUGGAUAAUUGUUGGCAUAAACGGUUUCUUGAUGGGCCAUCUGAACACUUGAUCAGCUUCAGAAAUGACAACUUUAAUUAUAUUCUGCAGAAAAAUGGAUGUAUGAGUCUCGUAUGUUUACCUCAUUAUGGUAAAGACAUUCAUUUUCGAAGUCUUGUCAAGCUUUGGGAUUUAGAAAGAGAGCUCUAUGGUGCUUUCGCUUACAAAAAGAAACUUAUCAUUUUUGGAGCGAAACCAAACCCCGAUUGCCCUGAAAUGAAAACACUACUUGCAGUACCUAAUCACUUUAAGUUGGUGAAGUACUGGGGCAUUGAAGCAAAAUGUUCUAAUAUUGCUCCAGUCAUUCUGCCAACAGCUAAUCUCAGUGAGGAUAACCACGAUUCGAUUAUAUAAAUUUUCGAUUUAAAUUAGCAGUAUAUCUAUAAAUACAUAUCUACAGUACAUUUUUAUAUUUUUAUAUACA